AUGAACCACGAGUUUCAGAAAAAUAACCCCGGCCAGGCGCCUCGUCCCUACACAAUGGCAGCGUACAGCGCUGGCGCAAGGGACCUGGAGAGUCCUGGAGGGCAGCCAGCGCCGGCAACAACCACUGCUGGGGCCUUGGCCAGUGCUGACGUUGGCGCUGGCGCUGACGCCGUGGAGCAAAACGUUCCACUGGCGAUGGUGCAGAACUUGAAUAUGGCGCCGUCGAUGAUGGUGGGCUCGUAUGACGUGCAGCCAGACCACCAGUCAUAUUCACCAGGACAGCGACCUCCUCCUCAGUUGCACCCAUCAAGCGGUCUUCCGGGCCACAUUCAGCAUCAACCUCAGCAUAUCCCCCAACAGCAUACUCAGCAUCAAUCUCAGCAUCCCCAACAGCAUACUCCCCUCCAGGAAAGCCAGCAGCCCCAGCAGCCCCAGCAACAUCAUCAAAAUCAACAACAACAACAACAACAGGCUCCUUUGCAGCAUCUAAAUACUCCACUUCUGCAACAAUUCAUCCUGGCUCCCCAGCUGGCACAGUCUCAGCUGGCGCAUCCCAACCAGUACCCACGGCCUCCCCAGGCGGCAUAUUCCAAUGGGACGGCUGAUUUUCGAAGACAGCCCCAGCCCCAGCCCCAGCCGCCUCCGCCUCCAGCCCAGCAUCCACAGCCGCCAGAUUUCCAAUUGCAGCCGCCAAGACGACCAGGACCUUCAGGCUUCCAGGACCACGACGUGGAGGUUUUAAAACAGCUUCUUCCAGUGGGCGAAAAGCAUAAAUGGAAGCAGAUUGCAAAACGAAUUAACCGGCGUAACGCUGCAACCAACAUCAAUAAUACGAAUGGUGGGGCCAGCGACAACGGCUCCUCCAGCGUCAGUUCUACCACCACGGGCGUAAGCGCAACGCCGUCUUCGCUCGAGCUGGAGGACGACCUAGGGCCUGGUGGCCGUAAGAGCGUGUCGGCGUCGUUUGCCAUGAGGCAGUACCAGCACAUGUUGGGUUUGCCCAAGGCGCCCAAUAGUUUUGGCGAUUUGGGGUCGUCGUUGCCAUACGCUGUUGCAGUGAGGGGGUGGGACGACAUCGACGACGAAAGCGCCCAUGUAUUUAGCGAGGAGGAAUAA